AUGAAAGUUGCGGUGUGGAAUUGUCGAGGUGCAGGAGGCCCCUUGACAAUUCCCCAACUAAAGGAAGUUUUAAACUUCCACUCUCCAAAUGUGGUGUUUUUAAGUGAGACAAAAAACCAAGAAAAAUUUAUGAGAUCUGUGCAAAGGAAAAUAAGUUUUGAGAAGGGGUAUGUUGUUAACUCAAUUGGGAAGGCAGGGGGUAUGGCUUUAUAUUGGAACAAUGGGGUGACAAUUGAUCAAAUAAGCCACACGGACUGGUACAUCUUAGCAUGCAUCAAGGACAAGGAAGUAAAUAGCCAGUGGUGGUUGAUGUGUGUACAUGCUAGUACUGAUAGCAAUAUUCGAAAAGAGCAAUGGAAACACAUAGCUGAAAGGAAGAAGGAUUGGGGUGAAGCAUGGUUACUGGUUGGUGAUUUUAAUGAUUUACAGUCAAAUGGGGAGAAGUGGGGUGGGAGGGUGAGAGCUGAGAGUAGUUUCAAGGAUUUCAAUAGUUUCAUAGGAGACAAUGGAUUAUUAGAUAUAGGCUAUAAAGGGUUACCUUGGACCUGGAGUAAUUAUUGGGAGGGGGAGGGAGUACUAAAAGAGAGAUUGGAUAGGGGAUUAUGUAGUGCUGAAUGGUUGCAAUGGUUUGAUAGGGUGAUGUGUACUCAUAUUGAAAAUGAUGCUUCGGAUCAUGCCAUCUUGAUGGUAGAUACAAAUCCUGAGCCAACCAGGAAGAAGAGGAGAUUCUAUUUCGAUCAAAGAUGGACUAAAAAUCCAGAAAUGAAGGAGGUGAUACAAGGGGCAUGGAGGACAGUACAAACUGGAUCCAGAAUGUACAAAAUGGUGAGAAAGAUAAAGGCAGUUAGGGUAGCAAUCCUGGAAUGGAGGAGAAAGGUACAAGGAAACUCAAAAGUAAAGAUUAAGGAAUUAAAGGAGAAACUCAAGCAAGUGAAGGAAGGACAUGAAUCUGGAAUUAAAAGUCGGGUGACUGAGAUUAAAAACCAGCUAAGCAAAGCAUAUAAGGAGGAAGAGCUGUAUUGGAGCCAAAAAUCACGGAGCAAAUGGCUCAAGGAAGGGGAUAGAAACACAGCUUAUUUCCAUACAACUGUAAAGGCAAAGAGGAGAAGAAACACUAUCAGUACGUUGGAAAAACAAGAUGGGACCUGGUGCAAAACUGAGGAGGAAAUUGAAGUGGAGCUUAGUCAAUAUUACAAGGAUCUUUUUACUACAACCAACCCGGCUGAUUUUGAAGAGAUCCUUAAAGAAAUCUCAUGCACUAUUUCUCGACAGAUGAAUGAGAAGCUGAUUAAACCUGUGGAGGAAAAGGACAUCAGACAAGCCUUGUUUUCUAUGCAUCCAAACAAAGCACCAGGUCAGGAUGGGAGACAAAUUUUGGAUAAUGUUGUAGUAGCUCAUGAAGUUAUGCAUUUCCUGAAGAAUAAGAGAAAAAGAGCUACUGGCUACAUGGCUAUUAAGUUAGACAUGUCGAAAGCGUAUGAUAGGGUAGAAUGGAUUUUUGUGGGGAGAAUGAUGUUGAAAAUGGGUUUUUGUCCAAUUUUUGUCAAAUGGAUUAUGGCUUGUCUAUCCACAGUGAUUUAUUCCUUCAAUUUAAAUGGCCAGAAGGUUGGUUAUGUCAAACCUAGUAGAGGCAUUAGGCAAGGGGACCCUUUAUCACCCUAUAUUUUCAUCAUAUGUGCUGAAGGUCUUUCUAGUAUUAUUCAUAAAGCUGUGCAAGCAAAGGAGCUAACGGGAGUGAAAAUUUGUAGGGACAGUCCGGUUAUUUCUCACUUAUUUUUUGCAGAUGACUCUCUUUUGUGCUGUAAAGCAACCAAACGAGAAGCUCUAAAGGUGAAAAGCAUUUUGACAAAGUAUGGCAAUGCAUCUGGUCAGGUUGUGAAUUUCGAAAAAUCAACCUUGUUCUUCAGUAAAAACACCAAAGAAAGGAUAAAGCAAGCAAUUAGCGAAGGCCUGGAUAAUAUGAAGGAAGCAGUAAAUGGGACAUAUUUGGGUCUACCAAUGGCCAUUGGAAGAUCAAAGGCACAAGUGUUUGCCUUUGUUAAGAACAAAAUCAGUAGCAAGCUACAAGGAUGGAAACAAAGGCUUUUAAGUGAAGGGGGAAAGGAAGUGCUGAUAAAGGCGGUGACAAUGGCCAUGCCAACAUAUGUAAUGGCAUGCUUCAGGCUCCCAAAGGGAUUAUGUAGAGAUAUUACUAGGAAAAUUGCAAAGUUUUGGUGGGGCAAAGGAGAAAGAGAGGCAAGUAUUCAUUGGGCAAGCUGGAAGAAACUUUCAGAAGUAAAGGGAAGAGGAGGUAUUGGAUUCAGGGACCUAGAAGCCUUUAACACUGCCUUGCUUGCAAAACAAAUUUGGAGAUUUCUAACUGCUCCAAAUUUGUUAGUAAGCAAGGUGAUGAAGGCGAAAUACAUGAAGGAUCCCAAUUGGAUGAACAAAAGUCCUCCUGGUUCCGCUUCAUGGAGCUGGAAAAGCAUACAUAGUGCAACAAAAUUGUUGUUUGUUGGAUUAUGGAAAAGGAUAGGUGAUGGAAGAACAGUAAGUAUCUGGAAUGAUAAAUGGUUAAUAGGGUCCGAAGAUGGUAAGGUGGAAACUGCAAAACCUGAGGGGUGCAACCUCUCUUGGGUGAGUGAGUUGAUUGAAGAUGGGAGAUGGAAAAUAGAAAUUUUGCAGACAUGGUUUGGAAACAAAGAGGCUGAGAUCAUUCAACGUAUUCCCACCAGCAUAGGAAGGAGAAAGGACAAACUGAUCUGGAAAUUUUCAAAGACUGGAGCAUAUACGGUGAAAAUAGGAUAUGCAAUGGCAAGGCAGGAGGAAAAUCAGAUCAGUAGCAAUCGAACACACAAUGCUAAGACAAGUUGGGAAGUUAGAAAACGCAUGGUGUGGAAGAAUCUGUGGCAUCAAAAGGUAAAGGCCAAGCUGAAACAUUUCAUGUGGAAAUGCUUGCAAAAUUGUUUACCAACAAAUGAAGUAAUUUUCAAAAGGAUUGAACGAGGAGAGGGGAGAUGUAGCUGUUGUGGUGAAGGCAUGGAAACCAUAGAACAUUUACUCUUUUUUUGUGUGAAUGCGAUGGAUGUUUGGAAAUUGGCACCGGUAAGGUGGGAUGGAUUAGUGGAUAAACAACACAAUCUGUGGUUAUGGUGGGAGGAAGCCAUUAAAUCUACUUCAAAGGACUGUGGACCUGAGCGAGUGAGCCUCACCAUCAACCUGUUUUGGCAAAUCUGGAAAGCUCGCAACAGAAGAGUUUUUGACAAUGAAUUCCAGAACCCACCGAAUAUUGUCUCAAAGGCACAAGUGGAAUGGUUGGACUAUGAGCAAGCAAGGGAGGAAGAAAUAGAGCAGAGCGCUACGGACAACAUCAGGGAGCAUCAAACAAGAAGACAAGCAGCAAGGGAUGAUGACGUUUGCCUGUUCACGGAUGCUGCGAUAUUAGCAAGGAUGAUAAGGAUGGGACAAGGAAUUGUUGCAAGAAAGUGGAACGGAAUGAUCAUGAAAGCAAAGGCAAUAGUCAAUCAAUAUAAGGGGGAACCAAUGAAAGAAGAAGCUUUGGCAAUUAGAAAUGCAAUGCUGAUGGCUAAGCAGGUAGGAUGGACUAAAAUUAAAAUCCAUUCCGAUAGCAAAUCAGUUUUAGACCAGAUACAUAGAGGCAAUGAGUAUGAUGUUAACAUUGCAACUAUUCUGGAAGAUGUGCAGGAUUUGACAACACAUUUUGAAAGGUGUAGUUUUGUGUUUAUACCUAGAACAGAGAAUGAAAUCAGCCAUGCUCUAGCUAAGUUUGCUAUACAGCUAGUGGAUGAUAUUCAAUGGGAACAAGACUUCCUAGUUUGGCUGAUGGAUUUAGUGAGGAAGCAAAUGAGGAUGCUGAAGUUUAUUGUAAACGAUCAACUAAUCACCGUGUUCGCUGAAGAUGAUUGCACCAUGAUCAUUAACUCUGGUUCAAAUAAAGAAAGUAGUAGAAAAAGUCUCAAUUCUUUUAAUCAUAUUGCCGAUAUCGUGUCAGUCAUAUGGGCUUCCAAAGAAAGGACAGACACACCUGAAACUAGCGUCAUGAUGGCCAAGGAAAUGAUCCAAGGAGAGUAUGAGAUAGGAAAAGGAUUUCGGCAGAAUCUGCAAGGGAUUUUGGAAUCGAUUGAGCUUCCGGUGCAAAAGGACACAUUUGGGAUAAGAUUUCAAUCAACUGCUAAAGAUAAAAAAGAGAUGCAAGCUCGCAAGAAGGCAAAAAAAGAAGGAAAACAAAUUGUCAUGAGUAUCCCACCACUGCACUAUACUUUUCCUCGCUCGUCAGGGAUAAUUCUAUCUGAAUUAGACGAAGAAAAUCAGAUCGAUGAGGUUGAGGAGAGUCUAUCCCAAUUGUUCGUUGGAACUACUUACAAGAGUGAACCGUCCGAGAAUCUGGAGUUUUCAACAAUUCUAGAAAGAACUAUGCAAAAUUGA